AUGCUAUUCGCCGGAGACGGUGACCGCCGAGGCGACGAAAUCCAAGUCAGCCCAUGUCCCUAUAUGACAAUUGCCCGCCGGAUAUUCCCAAGUUGCGGCGGCGGUGCGCGCGCAACGGGUGGCCGGCACAAAGACGAAAGAGAGAACAAAGCGGACUCGGAUGAGGUCAGACAAGGGGGUUUUACAGUACCUGUCAAAGGAAAAUGGCCCGUCACUAUCUACCGGUUUGGUUGA